AUGGGUAGUACAUGCAAAAAUAUUUGUCAAUAAUAAAUAGCAGAUAAAGAAUUUAAUAUAAAUGCUAUCAAUAAAGUAAUGUUAAAAAAGAAGUAUCAUUCGAAUGGAGAUUCCAAAACAGAUUCUAACUGUUCACCAUAAUCCCUAAAUAUUGAAGAAUCAAUUAGAAAUGAGCAAAAAAUUACUCAGAAUUGUUAAGACAACCAUUAAUUUAUUCAUCCAUUAUAAAUCGACGGUGAUGCUGUUCAAACUGAUAGAAAAAAUCGAUUUCUGGAAGAUUAAGAAGAAGAAGUAAAGCCUGCUGUUCAACAAAAGUAAAUUUUAAAUUUUAUAUGAUAAGUUUGUUACAAGAAUAAGAGGAACUCAAACAGAUAUAGGAAGAAUUUGAAAUGUUGAGAGAAUUACAAGUGGAGGGUAGAUAGAAUGAAGAAAAGGGUGAAAAAUACAAAGACAUUAAAAACUAAUUUUCUUUCUAAAACUAACUUAAGCAGAUCAAAAUUGAAUCAAUGUACGUUAAAUCAACUUCUAACCCCUAUUUACCAAGACAAACCUCUUAAUUUGCUCCAAAAAAAACUGACGGUGAUACUGUCUCACAAAAAUCCCAAAUUUGUAAAAGUCCAACUACCCCUUUGAAAGAUCUAUAGGUGAUGACAUAAAGUAAUUUGAUUAGAAAAAGUGCUUAAAAAAGGAUAAAAUAGAGUAGGGAAGAAAUAGCAAGUAAUAAUGCAAGUAUUGGUUCCUCUAAAAAUAGGAAUAAAAACAAAUAAUAAUAAUAAGAUGUAUUUGAAAUUUUUUUUAGUGACUGUCAUUCUUUAGAUGAGCGAAGUCAUAGUGGUAGUCAUAAGACAGCAAAGAGUUUAAAAAGUAUUUUAAAAAAAAAUAGGUCAAUUUCUUAAAGCCUAUCAGUGGGAAGGAAAUCAAUUAGAUAAACUUAGAAUGUUUUCUAAAAUAACCAAACUAAAAAAGUUCGAUUUUGUAAUGAUACAAAUUUCAAUAACAGGAGAUAAGGAUUUCAUAUAGUCCAAACGAAUUGGUGGGAAUGGUGA